GAUCCGACGCAGGGCAAGGUCACUCCGCUCUUCUCCCAAGAUGUCUUUGGCAUCAUCCGCUCCCUGGCUGCCUUCAGACUGGCCGGUAGCAAUAAAGGUAUGUGAUGGUUCCCUGUCUGGACGUUCGAGAUCAUCAUAGUGAUUCUUCAAGCUUCCCGGGCAGCACGAUCCUUUGCCGAUUCGUCCCCUCUUGAUGGGACGUGCCCCCGGGCGGCGAGGUUGACACUGGGUCUUGGUGGUUGAACUGUGCUGAGAGAUGCCUUUAGACUACAUCAUCAUUGGCUCAGACUCAGGUCGCAUCACCAUCAUCGAGUAUGUGCCCUCACAGAACCGGUUCAACCGGAUUCACCUCGAGACCUUUGGCAAGUCUGGCGUGCGCCGCGUGGUCCCAGGCCAAUAUCUGGCUGUCGACCCUAAGGGCCGUGCGUGCAUCAUCGCUUCUGUGGAGAAGAACAAGCUUGUCUACGUUCUGAAUCGGAACUCGCAGGCCGAGCUGACGAUCUCAUCCCCGCUUGAAGCCCACAAGCCGCAGACCCUGGUCUUUGCCAUGACCGCGCUAGAUGUUGGGUAUGAAAACCCGAUCUUCGCAGCGCUUGAGGUAGACUACUCCGAGUCCGAUCAGGAUCCGACGGGUCAAGCAUUUGAGGAGCUUGAGAAGCACAUUGUGUAUUAUGAGUUGGACCUUGGUCUCAAUCACGUUGUCCGAAAGUGGUCUGACCCAGUGGACCGCACGGCGUCGAUGCUUUUCCAAGUCCCUGGAGGUGCGGAUGGUCCCAGUGGUGUAUUGGUGUGCGCCGAGGAUAGCGUCACCUAUCGUCACUCCAACCAAGAUGCCUUCCGUGUGCCGAUUCCUCGCCGUAGUGGCGCCACUGAGAACCCCGAGCGUAAGCGCUGCAUCACUGCUGGAGUAAUGCACAAGAUGAGGGGUGCCUUCUUCUUUCUCCUGCAGACCGAAGACGGUGAUCUCUUCAAGCUCACCAUUGACAUGGUUGAGGACGACAACGGUCAGCUGACUGGUGAAGUCAAGCGUCUCAAAAUCAAGUAUUUCGAUACCGUUCCGUUGGCAUCCAGCUUGUUGAUUCUCAAGAGCGGUUUCCUAUACGUUGCCAGUGAGGCUGGUAACCAUCACUUCUACCAGUUUGAGAAGCUCGGUGACGAUGACGAGGAGAUUGAGUUCACCAGCGAGUCGUACUCCGCGGAUCCCUCGAUCCCUUGUGAGCCCAUCUAUUUCCGACCCAGAGGCGCAGAGAACCUCAACCUCGUCGAGACGAUCAACUCCCUCAAUCCGUUGAUUGACAGCAAGAUCCUGAAUAUCUCCGAGGAUGAUGCGCCUCAAAUCUACACCAUCUCUGGCGCUGGCGCUCGGAGCAGUUUCAGGACGCUCAAGCAUGGCCUAGAGGUGUCGGAAAUUGUUGAAUCUGAGCUUCCGAGUGUGCCCUCCAACGUUUGGACCACGAAGCUCACCAGAUCCGACGAGUUCGACGCCUACAUCAUCCUUUCCUUUGCCAACGGCACCCUUGUCCUCAGCAUCGGUGAGACGGUGGAGGAAGUUACGGACACUGGCUUCCUUUCCACUGCGCCAACGCUGGCCGUCCAGCAGCUGGGCGAGGACUCGCUGAUUCAAAUCCAUCCUCGGGGUAUCCGUCACAUCCUUGCGGAUCGACGAGUCAAUGAGUGGCCUGCUCCUCAGCAUCGGUCGAUUGUGGCUGCCGCAACCAACGAGCGUCAGGUCGCCGUCGCUUUGAGCUCCGGUGAAAUCGUCUACUUCGAGAUGGAUUCGGAUGGUUCUCUGGCUGAGUAUGACGAGCGGCGUCAGAUGUCGGGCACUGUGACCUGUCUGAGUCUAGGCGAGGUUCCCGAAGGUCGAGUUCGCAGUUCCUUCCUGGCUGUCGGGUGUGAUGACUCGACGGUUCGCAUUCUCAGCUUGGAUCCAGACUCGACCCUCGAAAACAAGUCUGUUCAGGCCCUGACAGCUGCUCCUUCAGCCCUGAACAUCAUGUCGAUGGCCGAUUCCAGUUCCGGUGGAACGACCUUGUAUCUGCACAUCGGUCUGUAUUCAGGUGUUUACCUCCGAACCGUGCUGGAUGAGGUUACGGGUGAGCUGUCAGAUACCCGCACGCGCUUCCUAGGAUCGAAGCCUGUGAAGCUCUUCCAGGUCUCGGUCAAGGGACAGACGGCUGUGCUUGCUCUGAGCUCGCGUCCUUGGCUGGGUUAUUCGGAUGUACAAACCAAGGGCUUCAUGCUGACGCCCCUGGAUUAUGUCGGCCUUGAAUGGGGCUGGAACUUCUCCAGUGAGCAGUGUGUGGAGGGUAUGGUCGGUAUUCAGGGUCAAAACUUACGGAUCUUCUCUAUCGAAAAGCUUGAUAACAAUAUGUUGCAACAGUCGAUUCCUCUGUCAUAUACCCCGCGCCGCUUCUUGAAGCACCCUGAGCAGCCAUACUUCUACGUCAUCGAGUCGGACAACAAUGUCUUGUCUCCGUCCACUCGGGCGAAAUUGCUUGAAGACUCCAAGUCCCGCGGCGGUGAUGAGACCAUCCUCCCGCCAGAGGACUUUGGAUACCCCCGUGCCACCGGUCAUUGGGCUUCUUGCAUUCAAGUGGUUGAUCCCUUGGAUGCGAAGGCUGUCAUUCACACUAUCGAGCUUGAAGAGAACGAAGCGGCGGUCAGCGUCGCAGCGGUCCCGUUCACCAGCCAAGAUGACGAGACUUUCCUGGUGGUUGGAACCGCAAAAGACCUGAGUGUGAACCCGCCCUCUUCCGCUGGUGGUUACAUUCACAUCUACCGUUUCCAAGAAGAUGGUAGAGAACUUGAAUUUAUCCACAAGACCAAGGUUGAGGAACCUCCUCUUGCCCUGUUGGGAUUCCAAGGCCGCCUGGCUGUCGGCGUCGGAUCGUUGCUUCGAAUCUAUGACCUUGGUAUGAAGCAGCUCCUCCGUAAGUGCCAGGCGCCGGUGGUGCCUAAGACUAUUGUUGGUCUCCAGACCCAGGGCUCUCGAAUCAUCGUCAGUGAUGUCCGGGAAAGUGUCACCUAUGUUGUGUACAAGUAUCAAGAGAAUGUCUUGAUUCCGUUUGUGGAUGACUCGGUGUCUCGUUGGACAACCGCAACUACCAUGGUCGAUUACGAGACUACUGCCGGUGGUGACAAGUUCGGAAAUCUCUGGCUGCUGCGUUGCCCCAAGAAGACGUCUGAAGAGGCGGACGAGGAUGGGUCAGGUGCCCAUCUGAUCCAUGAACGCGGUUAUCUUCAAGGAACCCCUAACCGGCUCGAGCUGAUGAUCCACGUGUAUACCCAGGACAUCCCCACGAGCUUGACCAAGACCCAACUCGUGGCUGGUGGUCGGGACAUUCUCGUCUGGACUGGUUUCCAGGGUACGAUCGGUAUGCUGGUGCCGUUCAUCAGCCGAGAGGAUGUGGACUUCUUCCAGAACUUGGAGAUGCAGUUGGCUGCACAGCACCCUCCUCUCGCUGGACGGGACCACCUGAUCUACCGGAGCUACUACGCACCGGUCAAGGGUGUCAUUGACGGAGAUUUGUGCGAGAUGUACUUUUUAUUGCCUAAUGAUACGAAGAUGAUGAUCGCAGCGGAACUGGACCGUUCAGUCCGGGAAAUCGAGCGGAAGAUUUCGGACAUGCGGACCCGGGUGGCGUAUUGAUUUGAAUGGAUUCGGCGCUUAUCAGGACUAAUGCUGUAUGCGGGUUUCAGAUACCCCAUAGUUGAUUUGCAAACAUGUACAUGUAUCCAAUACCAGAUGACUGAUGGUAUCCGUGGUUGGUGUUCAACGUAGGUGGUAAUGCAAGUCUCUUGCCUCGCUCGAUCUCCCGCUCCCCUCGGUUGAUCUUGAGCUGGAUGCAGCUGUACCAGGUACAGAUUGUACGAGACGAGAAGAAGGCUAUGCCUGCGACGAUCUUUGAGUACGAUUUUAUCCGCAUGCCACGGAUAUGAUCGUAAUUUAUCCGUCGGGACAUGACGUAUUUAUACAACCAAUGCUCUGUCACUCUUCAUGAAUGCAAA